GGCGACACAAACAUUCAGGACUUUACUUUACAGCUGUCGAGCCAAUCUCCCCGCGUAAGAUCACUCCGACCCGCAAUAUCGAUCAUGACAUUCAAGAAACAUGGCCGGAAGUACGAUGUGGUCGUCUUUGGCGCAACAGGCUACACCGGUCAAUUUGCAGCCGAGCACAUAGCAACCCAUCUUCCCUCCAACCUGAGAUGGGCUGUCGCUGGCCGUUCUGAAUUCAAGCUCCAGACGGUCGUUGCGGACUGUGAAAAGCUGAACCCUGACAGAGUCCAACCAGAGGUUGAGAUCUGCAAUCUCAACGACCGAGACUUGCAAGAACUUGCAAAGAAGACAUUUGUUCUCAUCUCAGCCGUCGGCCCUUAUGGAAAAUAUGGCGAGCAUGCGUUCAAGGCUUGUGCUGAGAAUGGCACCCACUACUUUGACGUUACGGGCGAGGUGCCCUUUGUCGCUAAGAUGAUCUCCAAGUAUGGCAAGGUCGCUCAGGCCAGCGGCGCCUUGAUGUUUCCUGAAGUUGGUCUUGAGUCGGCCCCUCCCGAUCUCAUGACCUGGGCCAUGGCCAAGAUUAUUCGCGAGAAGCUAUCUGCCAAAACGGGCGAGGUCACAGUCGCGAUUCACACCCUCGAUGCCGCCCCUUCUGGAGGUACCUUGGCCACAGUCCUCACUCUGCUUGAUAACUUCUCAAUGCAAGAAGUGAAGGCAUCCUUCAGGCCCUAUGCCCUCUCCCCCAUCCCAAAUCCAACCAGGGCCCCGUCGCGCGAUACUAUUCUCACGAAGAUAUUUGGUGCCCGACAUGUCCCCGAACUUGGCACCGUAACCACCUCCCUCGCUGGCACCACCGACGCCGCCAUCGUGCAGAGAUCAUGGGGGCUCCACACAUCCCUCAACGAGCAAGAAUCCUACGGGCCCAACUUUUCAUUUAAGGAAUACUUCCGGGUGCGGAACCUGUUUCACGGUGUUUUCGUUCACAUUGCUCUGUUCCUCGGCAUCAUCAUCUUGGGCACACCACUUCGACACGUUGCUCAUAGGUUCGUGUAUCAACCCGGACAGGGGCCAGCCAAGGCCGACAGCAAGAAGGACAGAGUCGAGUAUCGGGCGACUGCUAUCCCUGAUGUGACGCCCAAGUCAGACAAGAUUGCUUUCAGCCGUCUUUGGUUCGACGGCAGCAUGUACGAUUUGAGUGGCAUGAUGAUGGCUCAAGGGGCGCUUUCUCUUCUCGAGGAUAAUUUGAAGCUGCCUGGUGGCGUAUAUACAGCUUCUUGCCUGGGGCAAAAGUUUGUAGACAGAGUGGGUGACGCGGGGCUGAAAAUGGAGGUCAAGUUGAUGACGCCCUGAGGGCAUGGCUUUCAGCUUCAUCUGUAAGCUACUACUUUUCUUGCUUGCUUCCCUAAUUUUCUUGUUUCCCUAU